AUGGCCACAUUUUCACAACUCCGAGCACAGCUCCGAUCGCUGGAGACUGAUUCCCAGCAUUUACUAUCUGACUUUUCCAGUUUUGCUCAAAGUAUAAGUUCAUCUGCAACGGAAGAAGAGCUACGCCUUAGCAAGGACAUUGAAGAGAAUUUGGCAAAAAGAGAGGAAACCAUAGCUACGCUUGCUCGGACUGUAAACUCUGAAGACACACCUUCAAUUACAAAAGAUCACCAGCUGCAACGCCACAAAGAAACUUUGGCGGAAAACAGAGCAGAUUAUAUCAGACUAAUCAACAGCAUCAAACAGGAGCGAGUGCGCACAAACCUGCUAUCGUCUGUUCGCACAGACAUUGAGUUGCAUAGGGCACGCGAGAGCAAUGGAAGCGGAAGAGAAGCAGGCAUGAGCGACUCAGAUUACAUGAUUUCAGAGCGCAACAGAAUAGAUAACUCUCAUAGUAUGGCUGAUUCAAUUUUAGCACAAGCCUAUGAAACACGAGAAGAAUUUGCACGACAAAGACAAAGUCUUUCUAAUGUCCAACGAAGGUUGCAAAAUACACUAGGGCAGGUUCCUGGAAUUAAUACUCUCAUUUCUAAAGUCAAUACACGUAAGAAAAGAGAUAGUUUGAUUUUGGCUGGUAUUAUCACCCUUUGUAUCUUGUUUCUGUUGUUCGUGCGUUAG